UUCUUCUCCUGUGACGAAAUAGAUUCUACGCACGUUAUACGGUCAUAUCUAUGAGCUUAAGUACGAAAAUGUGUAACAUUUAGCCCCCAAAUCCUUCAACGUAGGUGCUAAAACGCCUUUGACGUUCUGCUUCUGGACGAGGAAUGGACGCCACUCAAGUCAUCAACGACUCCAUCUUAGAGACAGAUGAGGAGGAAAAUGAAGAAGUGAAGACACACAAGGGGCGGCAACCUUUAGCCAAGCUGUGCAUCUUGAAGAAUGACCACGUUCCUGAAAGAGAAUUUCCUCUUUUUAUGGGGGAUAACGUGCUUGGUCGUGACAUUGGCACCUGCACGCUGCCCCUGCCGGCGCCCUGCGUGUCCAAACAGCAUGCCACCAUCUGCAUCUCCGUCCACCGCAGACGAGGAUCCCGCAGCGGAGUGGAUAUGGAGGCUUUGGUUUGGGACUUGGGCAGCAUGAAUGGCACCCGCAAGGGCCGCCUGAAGUUGACUCCUAAUGUCCGUUACGCACUCAGCGAGGGGGACCGUCUGGUAAUGGCAGACAUCCCGUGUCAGUACGUCAGCAUCAGCGAGGACGUCGGGGGCGGAACGUCAGAUGUUCGUUCCAGUUUUCCGGGUGAUUCUGUAGAGGAGAGCGAUAGCAUCAAGGUGAGUGCCAGCAAGGUGUCACAGGCUUCAGCUACGGUGUCAUGUUUGGGUGAAGAAGAGAAGGAGCCUGCACCGAACAGCUGUGUGUCCUUUGAGGCCACUUCAGUCCAGCUGCACGGGACAGUGGUCCCAGACUCCGAAUCAGACUCUGACGGGGAGGGGCCAAGGCACAGAGAGAGCAGGUGCAAGCUUCUAGGGUCUGAUUCCGACUCGCAUAAAGCCACCCCUACCUGUUCAACCUUUCUUAGCCCGACCAACAAGAUAGUCCCUGAAAGUCCCUACUGUGUGGAUGAAAGCCCCAUCACGCCGUCCUCGUCUACCAGAGAAAAGCCUCACGGACAUGUCAGCUUCAGCAAAAAGGAGCCUGACGUGGUUGUUGGGGGACAGCACAAAAAGAACACGCUUGAGAUUGUAGAUGACAGUGACGAGGACGAGGCAGGCGCAGUGGAAAAGGGCCAGACACCGGGGAGGGCCACGCUCGAGGAGAGGGAACACAGUGUGCUCGAACAGCUGAAAAGCAAGGCCAGCUUUACAGAGGAGGAGUUGUCGCAACUGUCCACAAGCACCGUCUCCACACUUGCCAUCCCUAAAUUUAACAUGGACAGUGACACUGACAUGGAGGAGGAUGGUGGCAAGGCUGAACUGGUGCCAGACCGGAGGGCGAAUGCUGCAUGCUUUCACAUGGACAGUGAUACAGAUGUGGAUGAAGAGGGCGACACAUCUGCACCUCCCGUACACCCCGACGGGCCUGUCAGUCACAUGUCAGCCGAUGCUAAAAAAGCUGAUGCGGCUCCUCCAGUCCUGCCAGAUGACUUCCAGCUCGACAGCAACACAGAUGUGGACGCGGAGGCUGGCGGCACCACCUGGGAUGAGACACCUUCCAGGCUAGACUUGAUUGGGGAGAUUUCAAAAUCAGAUGACAACCAAGCCUCCGUUUUUAAUACACACGUGAAUGUCAGUGAUUCAGCUACGAUUUCAAAUGACAGCAAUGCGGUGCGAGAUCCUCCUCACUUGUCACCUGUCGCCACCACACCCUCCUCAGUUACUCCUGGUAUCACCGCAGCAGCUGUCCAGUCGGACUCUGACGCAGACACCGACGUGGAUGAGUCCAGUGCGCCCCCUGCUGACGGGGACAGUGACACAGACGUUGAAGAAGAGAAGAAUCCAAUAAUUCUUCCAGGGAUAAAACCAUCUUGUUUGCAGGCUCCAAAUUUGCAGCACUGCUCUACCCCUGUGCAACUAUCAGAAAGAGAAGUAGAGGAGAUGGAGACCCAAGCUUUCCUCAGUCCCUCUCUGGGUCCGUUUAAACAUAAGUUAGACUAUUUUCAUAUUGCAGAUGGAUUCAACAGUGCAGUAAGAUCUGCAGCCUUGUCUUCAUGCUCAGACAGCCAGGAGGAGGAGGAGGACUUUAUUGUUGCUGAGACGCAGUCCUUUAUCCUUCAGACCCGAGGGCAGGUCCAAAGUGGCCUCCAUGAUGCCAGACGAGCCUCAGGCCGUGAAUCAUCCAGCGAGGACAUGGAAGAGCUGCCUAGCGGAGGAGCGUCUUUACAGCUGGGGUUGUCUGACAGUAGCCACCUGGAGAGUGCAGGCCAGGCUCUGGCUAUGGAGAGCACCCAGGCCUUUGUCUCUGUAACUGAGGCUGAUACCCAAGCAUAUGCAAAUAUUUCAAGCGCAGACCCAGAAUCACUUGGGAAUGACUUAAACAUGGAGGCCACCCAGGCCAAUGAGGUGCCUGCCAGGAGUCCAGUGUUGCUCGAGGUGCAGCAGGUAAAUUUGGCUUUACAAGAAACGCAGCCCUAUAUUUUGGAGCCUUACAGUGAGUCUGAAGAAGACCCAGGGGAAGAUACAGAGACCCAACCUUUUGACUUGCCCACCUCUUCUACCCUUGCUUUGGCUGAAACGCAACUCAUGACUGCAAUUCAUGAAGAGGAGCGCCCGACUACAAACAGUCCUGUCACCCAUUUUCAACCAAACCAGAUUGCUAAAGAAACAGAUUUGGGUUCUUACAGUUUGGCUGAUAAUUGUCAGCUUACAAGUAUCGCGGCGACCCAACCUAUGGCUACAAGUGAAAGUGAAAAAUGUUAUGAGGACUCGAUUCCAGUCUUGGGUAACGGGAAGGUACAGCUUAAUGAAGAGAAUCAACCAAAUGUGAAUUCUUAUGAUUUAGCUGCUAAUCAUCAGCCUUUGAGUAUAGCUGUAACCAAGCCCACGGCUGCAAGUAAAAAUGAGGAAACUGACGCCAAAAACUUGAUUGAAGUCACAUGUGAAAGUAAAGUGCAGCUUAAUAAAGAGAAGCAACCCGAUAUAAGUGCUUAUGCUUUGGCUGUUACAACCCAACCUAUGGCGAUAAGUGAACAUGAGGAAAGCGCUGGUGAGGACUUGAUUCCAGUAUUACAUGAAGUAAAAGUGCAGAUAAAUAACAAGACUUUACCCAAUACAAGUUCUUACAGUUUGGCUGUUGCAACCCAGCCUAUGAGUAUAGCUGCCACACAGCCUUUGGCUACAAGUGAAAAUGAAGCAAGCGAUGAUGAGGACUUGAUUCCAGUCUUUUGUGAAAGAAAAGUACAGCUUGAUAAAGAGACGCAACCCAAUACAAGUUCUUACAGUUUAGCUACUAAUCAUCAGUCUAUGAGUAUAGCCCCAACCCAGCCCUUGGCUGCAAGUGAAAAUGAGGAAACUGAUGUUGAAGACUUAAUUGAAGUCUUGCACGCAAGUAAGGUGCAGCUUGAUAAAGAGAUGCAACCCAAUGUAAGUUCUAACGUUUUGGCCAUUACACCUCAAGCUGUUAGUAUAGUUGUGACCCAACCUAUUGCUACAAGUGAAAAUGAGGAAAGCGAUGACGAGGACGACUCAAUUCCACUCGUGCGCAAUAAAAGAAAAGCAAGGCCGCUACAAAUAAAUGAGGAGUCACAGUCCCUCAGCAGUACUCUUGAAAUCCCGAAAGAAGGUUUUAAUGGUAAAAGUCUUUCAAAGUACAGAGCUGAAGGCCAAGGGAGCAGUAAUGAGUCUCCAUUAGUAACUUCAAUACAACCAGAUGAAGAGGAGACUCAGCCUAAUCUUGACACCCUGCCUAACGAUGACAAAGAUGAAUCAGGUCCUGCUCAAGAGAAAACAGAGACUCAGACGCUUGUGAACUUUGAAGUCUCUUCUGCUGCAACUCAGCUCAUGGACACAUGUGAAGAUGAAGAGGCUGACAGCGAGAUCUUGGUCCCUGGCCUGAGGAAAAGAAAAGCCAAACCACUGCAAAUUGAAGACGAGACACAGUCACUUGUAUGUUCUCAAGUGGAUGAGACCGAGACCUCUGCAGUUGAACAAAAGCCAAUGAGUUCUAGUGAACCGGGCCCACAGGCUCUACACAGUCAAUCUAAAGUCAGAACCAGUACCACUAAACACUCAAGAGGAACACCUUCACUACUAAGAGAAAAGGAGGAACCAAUAGAAAAAAGACAAGCAAUUGGCAACAAAGCCAGAGGAAUGACCCGGAAGUGUUGGCCUGCUGGGAGCAAGAGUGAAGACGAGGCUAUGAGGCAGCAGACCAACCUUUUUGAGGUCCAAAAUAGGGAGCAAGAGAGACGACGAAACGAAAUUGCACAGAAGGAAAGAAAAGAAAGAGAAGAAACAGAAGGGGCGGAGGAACAAAAAGGAUGUGAGAGACUGGAAACAGAAGCUAAAGAUAGACAGAAACGGGAUCAAGCAGAGAAAGAGCGUCAACAAAACAAAGAAGAAAAACCCCGGGCGACACAGAGAGGCCAAAGGGUAGCCAGAAGAACCAUCGCCGUUAUACCCGCUCCAGAUCAAGAUGAUGUGCCAGCCAAGAGGACUAGAUCCCGCUCCAACUCCUCCAACUCUGUCAGCUCCGAAGUGUCCGCUUCAAGCACUCAAGGGAGUCAGGGGCGAGGCCAAGGGAUGAAAAGGUCCAACGGGCCUAACCAGGCGCCCAUCACGAGGAGGCGGACAGUGGCAGCUGGUCUCACAGAACAAUCAGAGCAGGGCAGUUGCCGAGCUUCGCCCCCAGGAGCACUUUUGAGAUCCAGCUCACCCAACGCCCUUGCUUCGGAGAUGUCCUGCAGCAGCAGCCUCGUCUCUCAGAGAGGAAGAGGAGGGAGACGAGGAGGAGGAAGGGCCAAAACGGAACCCGGGCCCAACUUUAUCCCCCCCAUAUUGAGUCAGAAUCUUGCUCCUAAGCCUACGCCACAAGGCAAGAGGGCCAGGAAGCCAGAGCUGUUAACCACUAAGGUUUUUGAUGAAGCUGAGGAGGAGAAGCCAGAGUCAAAACAGGCAGCUGCCACUAGGGGGAGGAGGCGAGCAAAUAUAAAAGAACCCUCGAACAACUCCGCUGCUGAAUCUCCUCUGCCUAAAAGAAAUAUCAGGGCCAGAUUGCAGAGGACGGUAAAAAGUGAAACUUCUGAGGCUCUAAUAGCUCCCCCAGGCAGCGAUGAAGGGGAGGCCAAAGACAAGAGGAAAGGAAGGAAGAGGGUGUUGGAGGCAAAAGUGAAAGAUGAGAAUCCAGCUCCGGUCCAAGCAAAGAGAAGAGCUAGCGCGUCCUGCCUUCAGCGGGGCAGGAAUGCUAAGGAAUCUCCUCCUGCCACAGCCAUCGAGGAUGGAAGUGCAGCAUCUGGCGGUCCUGGCAAAAGUGCACAGCCUCAGAUGCCAAUCAGCAGCAAGAGAAAAACGCGAGAUGCUUCCAUAGAUUCCUCUCCCAUGACUUCUUGCAACUCUUACGCUUCCCCAUUACUGAGUCGCCGAUCACGAGAUGCCAGCCACUCUUACAAGGUGCUGUUCACGGGGGUGGUGGACGAUGCCGGGGAGAGAGUGCUGGCCCGUUUGGGAGGCGCUUUGGCUAAUGGCGUCGCAGACAUGAACUGCCUUGUGACCGACAAGGUGCGCAGGACUGUCAAGUUUUUGUGCGCGGUGGCCAAAGGAAUCCCCAUUGUCAACACACACUGGCUGGACAAGAGCGGUAAAGCCGGGAGCUUUCUGUCUCCUGACGCCUACAUCGUGAAAGAUCCAGCACAGGAGAAAAAGUUCAAUUUUCGCCUGCAGGAGUCUCUGAGGCUCGCCAGCAGUCAGCCUCUCUUACAGGGCUAUGCGAUCCACAUCACCAAGUCGGUGAAGCCCGAGCCGGUCUACAUGAAGGACAUAAUUUCCUGCAGCGGAGCCACCUUUCUCCCGAAGAUGCCUUCUUCAUGCAAGCCUCACACCAUGGUGAUCUCCUGCACGGAGGACUGGCCGCUGUGCCUUGCGGCCGUCUCGGCGUCGCUCCCGGUUGUCUCGGCCGAGUUCAUCCUCGCUGGGAUCCUGCAGCACAAACUGGACUUCGAAACCCAUAAACUGUCCGGCCCGCUGCGCCAUCUGCAGCCUGCCGGCGGCAGAAGACCGGGCAGGAAGAAGACUUAGCAUCAAGGAACAGAGAUCCCGCCAGAAUUUACAUCAUCAGAGCCGUAACUGUUUUUUCAUAGAACCCAGAUCUCAGCAAUACACGAUCAGAUGAUUAAGCUACUCACAAAAUGUCAGGGACAUUCGGCUUUCCAGUGAAAUUUCAGGAUGAACCUAAAGCACCUGUUGUGAAUUGUGAAAAGAGUCGGCAGCUGUAAUUUUUUCGUGAUGGUCCACCUUAGUUGGUUUCGGCCUCAGGUUCAUCCUGAAAUUUCACUCGAAAUCCCAAUAUCCCUCACCUUUUGUGAGUAGUGUAGAUGUGUUACGUGUAAAAUAGUUUCAACUUAAAUGUGGGGGAGGAGUAAUUGUCGGGUGUUAAACUUCACGCCCGUGUCCUGGCAUUAGGGAGUCCCCCUUAUGUUAACGGCUCUGACACUGACCCACGACAUUUUCCCCCAUUUUGUCUGCGUUUUUUUUUUUUUUUUUAAUAUAUAUAUAUAUAUAUAUAUAUAUAUAUAUUGAUAUUGAUGUAUAUAUAUAUAUAUAUAUAUAUAUAUACAUCAAUAUCCCAGCAUUUACAGGUGGUGUGAAAGGGGCUAAUGACUCAGCUUGACAGGGAAACCUUAUCCCCCGCCAUGUGCUUGUUGGCGUCAUCGGUAGAUUCCUCCUACAUUCGGUUGCCAUGUACUUACAGAAAGUACUUUUUAAAAAAGCAUUAUUUAAACCGUGCCGGAUAGGAAUAAUGACCCGUUAAUUAUCCCCGGCCGUCACCUCCUCCCUGCCGAGCCGAGCAGGAAUUAGCGGCGCUUUACACGGCUUCGCUGUAAUCAGACACUGUGAAAGCUGGGAGUUGUGUAAAUCAUGUUUGUACGGCGAAAUAUACGAAAAAAUCUGCUUCUGGAAAUCCAUCAAAUGUUCAGCAGGCUGGAUGGUGCAGAGGCUCAUGUUUCCUGACAUCAGAAGUGCACGGGUGCCUUUCCUUUUUAUAUACUGAGAUGAUAAUGAACAUAGCGGAGUGUCCUCCCAUCUCCAUUAACCACUGCCGAACGUUCCAUUAGGGCCUCAUCCCCUCCUAUUAGCUCCCCGGACGAGAAUCGGCUUCAGUCUUUGUAAGAGACGGUUUUCAGUCUUCAUCAAUAUCUUAUGCGCUCUGUCCUGGCCACGCAAUCAGCCAGAAGGUGUGCGGAUUUGGCGGCAACUCACGUUUGUGGCGGCAACCCGCGUUCGGGUCGCCAUCGUCGUCGUCAUCAAAUGUGUGCUUUGGCAUUGAAAUCUGUUUUCUGCUCCUUUCUAUGGAAAGCCGUUUGAGCCUUCAUACCGUAAGGAUAUCCAGCUUAAGCUCCAUGCUGUUUGUCCUCACCGAUAAGACAAUUCAGCAGAGUGGUAGAACAAAUGUGUCUUACUGGUCUAGUACUGAUAUUUUUGCAGCAGUAGGUAAACUUUGGCAUAUUAGUAGAAAGACAACUAGUUACUAGUGAGGCAGCCGAGUGACAUCUGUGCACUUGUAAUAUUACUAGUGAAGCACUAGAUAAUAACUAGGAGAAUUUUAUUUCACUAAUUGUACUUAUCGCAUGCAGUUGUCAACUAGUGCGCAGUUUUACCUCGCUAGUAACAUUUAGUUGUUCAACUAGUGCGUCAAAGUUGUCCUACUAGUUGAUUCAAACCCUUCCUUGAUAUCCAUAUACUAGUAUGAUCUUUGUCCUCACUAGUUGACAUCUGCAUAUUCGUAUCGGUGCUACAAGUGAAGCUGUAGAGGACAUCUAGAAAGAUUUUGUCACUAGUAGUACUAGUAGCACGCAGUUGUCAAUGCAUAAUUUCUUAUCACUUGUACAAUUCUACAACUAGUAUCCCUAAGUUGUCCUAUCGGUGUGCAAAAAUGUCAUACAGUAGUGAAAGGCAGUAGUAGAAUGACUGGGGUGCAUUAGUAGAACUAGUCUUACUAGUAGUGUUUUUCCACUACUGCAUUCUAAUACUGCACACUAAUAGGACAAAUUUGACAUACUGAAAAACUAAAACUACGUUACUCGUGAGGCCAAACUCUACUGCGACAUCUACGCUGUUGACAUCUGCACACUACUCGUGAUGUGCUGUUAACUCAUAGAAUUGUAUAUCUAGUACGACUAGAAGCAAACAGUAGUGAACUAGUGUACAGUUUUGCCUCACUAGUAACAUGUCCUACUAGUAAGUUGUCUCACUAGUGUACAGAAAUAGCAUUCUAAAAUUCUCCUUAUUAACAUCAAGCACUUUCGUAGUAGUAGUAGUAGUAAUAGUGCGCAGAUGUCAACUUGUGCACAGUUUUGCCACACUAGUAACAUGUAGUUGUCCUAAUAGUAUGCCAAAGUUGUCUUACUAGUGAGGACAAAGAGCAUACUAGUACAUGGACCUUAAGCUGGACAUCAGGGAUAUCAAAUAAAUGGCCAAAUGGCUUUCCAUUGAUUCCUGUCGGUGUGGGAAAAUAUAAAAGGGGAAAAAAAACACGGACUUAAGGAAUAUUUCUACUGACCAAAUAAAAGAUAUUAAUGCA